AUGCCUCCUGCACUUCCCGUCACUGGCUUCGGCCUCCUCGGCAUGACAUGGCGCCCCAAGCAAACGCCUGACGAGCAAGCAUUUGAAGCAAUGCGAGCUGCCGUGGCCAGCGGAGCCACUGUCUGGUCGACGGCGCAGGGCUAUGGCUACCCGCCUGAGCCGCCCAUAGCUGGGCUGCUCCUGAUCCGUCGGUACUUUGAUAAGUACCCUGAGGAUGCGGACAAGGUGACACUCUUCGUCCGCGGCUGCUUCGACGUUGUCAAGUUUUCGGCAACCACCAAGCGAUCCGAGGUGCUCGAGAGCUUUGACGAGUGUCAGCGCGUGGUGGGCGGAGUCAAGAAGAUCGACGUCUUCGGCCCUGCGCGAAUGGACGCCAACGUUCCCGUCGAGGAGACUAUGGGCGCCGUGAAGGAGCUCGUCAACGCCGGCAAGAUAAGCUCUGCCGGUCUGUCCGAGGUCAGCGCCGCCACCAUUCGCCGCGCAUCCGCUGUAACUCCCAUCUCGAUGGUCGAGAUCGAGUUCUCCCUCUGGAGCACCGAGAUGCUCACCAACGGCGUGGCUGCCGCCUGCAAGAAGCACAACGUCGCCAUCCUGGCCUACGCCCCGCUCGGCUACGGCUUCCUUAUCGGCCAGUUCACCAAGGUUGAAGACCUUCCCGAGGGCGAUGUUCGGCUCCGCCUCGGCCGCUUCCAACCUGAUAACUUGUCCAAGAAUCUGGACCUGGUGGAGAAGGUCAAGGAAUUCGCAGCCCGCAAGGGCAACGCGACGCCGGCGCAGGUGGCGCUGGCUUGGAUCCGCGCCCACUCCAACACGGGCGAGUGUGGGGUUGUCAUUCCAAUUCCAGGCGCGACCGCCGCGUCGCGCGUCAGCGAGAAUUGCAGCGUCGUCGAGCUGUCGGCUGGCGAGAAGGCGGAACUCGACGCCAUCAUCGCCUCCUUCACCGUCGUCGGCCACAGGCAGAUCCCCGGCCACGACCAUAACCUCUGGACCUGA